ACUAUCAGGUGCCGAAGUUUCAGCACGAAAUUCAAAAGUGAUUCUUUGACCUUCAUUUUCUCUCUUUAUAGUGAGCCUACAAUGGUGAAAUUAACAAUAAUAGCGUUUUAAAAGAAUGCUUUAUCUGUUUGAACUGAUUUAUUAUUCCACUUUUGUGUCCCUGUAACCCAGUAGCUUGGUGGGCAACAAGUGCUUUGAAACAUUGCAGAGGAAGACAGGCAACCUUAGAUAGAUUCUCUCUUGCUGUACGUAAAUAUGAGAAUAUUUUCACACAUGUUCAAACCGUUGUUGACAACAAUGGUUUUGUUGAAAAUCCCUUCAAAUCCCUUGUUCAAAUCCCUUGUUGAAAAUCCCUUCAAAAACACAUUUAAAUUAUAAUUUAUGUGAAUUUUUUAGGGUAAUUGUAUUGCUUGCAGUUUCAUUUGGGUCCUUGCCGGUUUGAGAACAUUAUUUCCUGGGUUACCUCUUAGUAGACAUCAAAAUCUUAUUUAAAGAAAGUGUUCUUGACUCUCUGCUUGCCACUUAGAAGAAAAAAGAGAAGUGAAGAUUUUUCGUAGUUUUAGAUGUUUGCUGGAGGUGCUGAGCAUAAUAAGUAGUGUGAUAUAUUCAGGGUCGCUUGUUGUUUGCCUAUCAAGGAAAACAAACACAGCAAAUUGCACAAGAAUUUUGUGAAAAAAGUUAUGCCAUAUUACGAAUUAAUAGAGAAAAAAUCACGAACCACUAGAGAUUCAAUGCUUGCAAUUCUACCGAUUUUCUUUUUUCAAUGUGAUUUAUGGGAUCCAACAUAUGCAAAAUGUGCCAUACCUGCUGCUUAAACUUCUGAAAGUAGAGCACACUAAAAUAUUGCUGUCUGUGUUGUGAGUACCUUGUGCCAGGUGCAAUUCAUAAUAUUGGUUCGUGAAGGUGAAAUGUUGGUAUGAUUCGGAUAUAACACAGUGAAUAUUAAGUUACUGCAUUGUUUGUAUUUUAUCAGAGUGUGCAGUUCCUUUUCCAUUAUCUUUUUCUUCUUCGUUUUACUUCUUGUUUGGGCGUUUUGAUGAAAUUAUGACAGAGAUGUGAAAAUGUUUGCAGCUUUCUUUGAAACUGAAGAUCCACUAGACAAGCUGUGCACAUAAAGUGAGCCAUUCUCAGUGGGCGGUACAACCUAUCUUGGGAACUCAGAAUACCUUGUUUUGCGUGUGUAAUUAAGAGUAAAAGCUUAAAGGGCAAUGUUGAUGCGAUGGAAAAAGAACAGAAAAAAAAAAGACGUAGGACUGGCACAGCAGGUAGUGAGAUGUAAAUGUGCAGCUCUUGUAUAGGAAAGACCUUUGUUCUGUGGCACAUAUGCAAUACUGUCUUGUCUUUUUAAAACCUUGAUGGUUAAGAACAAAUAACUGUCACUACAGAUAAUAUUGUUCGGCAUCCGAUAAAAGCUUAAGGAGUGCUUCUGACUGAGUAUGCACGAGUUUUACAACUAUGUUGUGAAGUGUUGUUGCCAUGGUUGUAUGAUGUUCCCACGUCCUUACUCUCCCUUAAGGGCAGCUGCCAUGUUAUGUUUUAAAAGGCAUGACAGUUUGUCAUAGGUGUAUAUUGAUGAGAUCUUAUCUCUGGCUUUGAAGUUUCUUUUUCAGGGAUUCCCUGUGUUAGCGGCACAAUACACAGCGUUAUAAAAACUGUGCACCAGAAGGUGCUGCUUGUUGAAAAAGAUCAUAUUCUAGAAAAGCUAUUGAGCAUCCAAAGUUCAUUAUAGAUAUCUUAAUCUGAACGACGUAUCGAGAUUAAGUUUAGUUGAUAAUUCUUUGUCUGUAUUGGGCGGUGGUCUAGGAAGUGUUGUAAUAAAUUGUUUAGAGUUCGACAAACAUUGAUUUGAUGUAUAGGUUUUUUCUGGCUCAAGGGCCAGCUUUGGACAUAUAUGCAACAUGCAGGAAAGGUGCCACAUUGUUGAUACCAUUUUUAUUAGGUGGUUGCAUUCACCCUGUGGUACCUUUUGCCAGUCCUUUUGUGACCAUCAUUUUACCGCUUGCUGUCUGUCUAAGGUCUCUUGGCACUGUAACAGCUUGCCUGCUGCUCUUGCAGCAGCUGCGGUGAUGCACCAUGUGUCUGCAUCAUUAGCUGCAGAGUUGUUAGCGUGUUCAUUUUGUUUGGUGUUGACCUGGUACAAUGUUUGUGUAUGUAAAAUUUUUGAAAGUAAAGAAAAAGCUUAGGUAAUUAAACUAGUCUGUAUUCCACCUAGUCUCAAAUUUGUCCCUGAGUGCUGAUGUCACCACACUGUUUUAAAGUGUAAGCUGACAUUGUGCAUGAACGUGCCCAUGAGAGGGACAUUGGUGUUUACUGCUCUGGGAACCAGAAGCGAAAGCUUCUCUUUGACUUGAGGCAUGUAACAUCGCUUUCCUAAUAAGAAUGUACUGUGUCUGCCUUGACAUACUGGUGCAUCUUUUUUUAACACAGAACACACUGCAAAUUUUCUUCACGCUCCCCAUGCCAACAGUGGUUCUUACAAACAGGGUAUCUAUUGUCAAAGGUGAAUUCAUUCCUUGUGAGUAAUAACAACCACUUAAAAAAUUGGGAAAUUAAUUAGAACUCUGUUUUUUAGUACUAGCUAGAACUUAGUAGGUUUGUUUCAAUAUUCUGAGAACAGAGAUUGUCAUUAUGCUGUCUAAGUGUACUACAUAGCCUUGUCACUUGAUAAACCAGCACUGGCUCUGGGCAAACAUGCUCCACGUGCAGUGACUGUUUAAUGUGAUGUUCAUGGAGCCAGUCUGCUUCGAAGAUGUUUGCACUGUCCCCCUUCCAGUGUGUGUGCUAGAAUUUAGUCUGCAUAGCUGUUCACAAGUGUUCACUGGGAUGCAGCCUAGUGAAAAAUCACAUAUGCAUACUUCAAAAGCCCUUGCAGUGAUUUGUGAUUAUGGUAUGGUAGUUAGAAGGCCACCAUGGUUUGGCUGGGGCAGUCUUGUGCAAUGUAAUCUAUUGUUGAUCUAUUUCUUUGUAGGUACUUGUUCGUUAAAUAAAGUUUGUUUGUUU